UCCAGGCAUAAAUACAAAGCGGAGCCGGUCAGAGGGAAAAACGGCACAAAGGAAAGCGGAGCUUUUAAAACUGAAGACCAGGAGAGUCAGACUUCAUUGAAGAGGAGCUUGGACGGCAUGCAAAGUUGUGAAAUUUCGUCAGACAGCACUGAUGAUCCUCUUAGUAGCGGCCUACGUAUUCAUCGGCAGCCUCGAAUAGUAGUGAUUGGUGCCGGCUUGGCUGGCCUUUCUGCAACUAAGGUCCUGCUAGAAAACGGCUUCAGGGAUGUCACGGUCCUAGAGGCGUCGGACCACAUCGGAGGGAGGGUUCAGAGUGUUCAGCACGGAAGAGCUACUUUGGAACUCGGAGCCACCUGGAUCCAUGGGGCCUGUGGGAACCCGGUGUACCACCUGGCUGAGGACAACGGCCUGCUGGAGCACACGACAGGCGGUGAGAUGAACGUGGAGCGCAUCAGCCUGUACACCACGAACGGUGUGGCUCACUACCAGACCAACAAUGGGAAGAGGAUCCCCAAGGACCUGGUGGAGGAGUUCAGUGACCUGUACAACGAGGUGUACGAGCUGACUCAGGAGUUCUUCCAGAACGGGAAGCCAGUUUGUGCUGAGAGCCAGAACAGUGUUGGCGUUUUCACUCGAGACGUGGUGUGCAAGAGGAUCAUGUUGGAUCCCGACGAUUGUGAGAGCACCAAGAAGCUCAAGCUGUCCAUGCUUCAGCAGUACCUCAAGGUGGAAAGUUGUGAAAGCAGUUCUCCCAGUAUGGAUGAAGUGUCUCUGAGCGAGUUCGGAGAGUGGACAGAAAUCCCCGGUGCGCAUUACGUCAUUCCUAAAGGUUUCAUGAAGAUCGUGGAGCUCCUGGCCCGGGACAUCCCCUCCAAAACCAUCUGCCUGAGCAAACCGGUCCGCUGCAUCCACUGGAACUACUCGGCCCAGCAUCAGGAGGUGAACGCCGGGAGCGACGACACGCGACUCGACAACAACCACAACGAGAACAACCACGGCUGCCAGCCUCACGAGCACCCUCUGAGCCUGGGUCACCCCAUCUGCGUGGAGUGCGAGGACGAGGAGUGGAUCACGGCCGACCACGUGAUCGUGACGACCUCUCUGGGCGCGCUGAAGGAGAACCAUGAGACCAUGUUCUCCCCGUCACUGCCCAGGGACAAGGUGUUCGCCAUUGAGAAGCUGGGCAUCAGCACCACCGACAAAAUAUUCUUGGAGUAUGAAGAGCCCUUCUGGAGCCCGGAGUGCAACAGCAUCCACUUCGUGUGGGAGGACGAGGCUCAGCUGGAACACCUGGCCUACCCGGAGGAGCUGUGGUACAAGAAGAUCUGCAGCUUCGACGUCCUGCAUCCGCCGGAGCGCUACGGCUACAUGCUGAGCGGCUGGAUCUGUGGGCAGGAGGCGCUGUACAUGGAGCGCUGCGAUGACGAAACAGUCGCCGAAAUCUGCACCGAGCUGCUGAGGCGCUUUACAGGUAAUCCUGACAUUCCCAAGCCUCGCCGCAUCCUCCGCUCUUCAUGGGGCAGCAACCCGUACAUCCGGGGCUCCUACUCCUUUACCAGGGUGGGAUCCAGCGGUGCAGACUGUGAGAGGCUGGCCAUGCCGCUGCCUUAUGCCAAUUGCACCAAGGCUCCACCCCUACAGGUCCUGUUUGCUGGAGAGGCGACCCACAGAAAAUACUAUUCCACUGCCCAUGGCGCGUUGAUGUCGGGACAGAGAGAGGCCACUCGCCUGACUGAGAUGUACCGGGACUUGCACAGAGCGCAAACCAUAAAGCCUAAUAUAUAAAACCUCUGACUAGUGAAAAACAUGUCCAAAACUGUUGAGUUUUUAUCUUGGUGAUUAAGUUAUACUUUAAGUUCAUAGCUUGGGCAUUAUCACACUGAUAAC